AUGUCGCUAGAAGAAACCUUUUCCAAAGCCAUAGGUAAUGUUACUCUGGUGUCAACUGUAUUAAACUCCUCUAAAUCAGAGGACAGUUGUCACUGGAUGGUACCUCAACAUUACUUGUUCCAAAUGGCAAACGGUGUGUUACUAGGAGCCCUGGCUAGCCCUGCCUCUAAACAUGGAACGCUUUUUAUGCAUUCAUGCUUUGUUCUAGGUUUUUUGCUGUUGUCCAUCUGGUCAUGGGUAAUACUGUGCGCUCCGGAUUAUUUUUCCUGGAAUUUUAGCUUUAUGGUGAUCAAUGCUGUUCAGGCACUAGUUAUUCUGUACAAUAUCAGACCUGUGAAAUUCUGUGACGAUUUAGAAGAUGUUUACGUCACAGUGUUUCAGCCUCUGAGAGUCCCAAGACAUCUCUAUAAGAAGCUUGUUUCUCCGGACUACUGCACCCUGGGGACACUUCAUGAAGGGGAAGUUUAUGCCAGUCAAGGGAUUAGUAAAAUAGACAGGCUUGGUCUCCUCAUAGCCGGGAGGAUGUCGGUGUAUAGUUGUCAUCAGGAACUUCAUCAUGUUCAGGCUAAAGAAUUCAUAGAUUCUCCAGAAUUCGAAUCCGCCAUUUCCGGAGACGAUAAGUAUCAGGUGUCAAUCGUGGCUAUUUCGACAUGUCGGUACAUAUUCUGGCAGCGAAGUGGUCUGGAGUACCUGUUGAUUAAGGAGCCUUACCUUGCUAGUCUUCUCAGGGCGGUUCUUGGUAGAGACAUCACCAACAAACUCUAUUCUCUCAAUGACAAGCUUGUAAAGAACCAAGGAUCCCGAAUGGACAUACGGCUGCCAAGUAUCUCAGCUGUGGUGAGAGGACGGCACGGUCAAGAUAACUUCAGUGAAGAGGGAAUAGAACGUAAAACAUCUCUACUGGGGACAAAGCUGGGACCAACACCGGGACACUCCGAGGGGGACGAGUCCUCAGAGGGUCAAACAGAUGCUACAGAGAAAACAGAACUACUUAAUGGAGUCAUGGAUCAUCCAGAUAAGAAAAUAGGUCAAAGGUCAUCACCGAGCACUUCUUUUCGAUGACAAGUUCCCAGAAGCCCCUGUGUCUAGUCAAGACCAUUCAAAGGAACAAUUAUUAUAAGAAUUUAUUUGGAAUAAAGUGCUUUUAAUGUC